AUGAAUGGUUUGAAGACUGAAGAAAAAGAAGAAGAAACUAGCGAUUAUCAUACUAAGACUACUACUACUACUACAAGUAAUACAGAGACAACAAUUACAACAACUAUUGAAGGCGAUCGUAUUGAUUCUGUUGAAGAUUAUACUGUCGAAAAUUCAACAAUGGAACAAGAUCAUGUAUCCUCAACAACAUCAUCUCAUACUGACAGAGGAGUAGUGAUGAAUGACAAUGAACAAGACUAUGAGCAAGAGAGUAAAACUGAAGAGGAAGAUGAACCGGAGGCAGAAGAAGAUGACGACGAGGAAUAUGAACGUAACAACUAUUCACGAGAACCUCCAAAAUAUAAUGCUGAUCAAAAAGUUUUCGAGGCGAAAAUGCAAAAUAUUCUACAAGAGAUGAAAAUGAAAGAGAUUAUCCGUGAUAAAAGUGGCGGAGUGAAUUCAAAAGCGACGAAAAACAAUCAUGCUACAAACAGUAGACCAUUAUCAGCAUCAUCGGAUUCAUCGAAAAAUCAAAGAUUUGAUCAUACCUAUAAUAAUAAUGACAAUUAUGAGAAUCAAGAAGACAGAGAAGAAGAAGAGGUGACAGUAGAAGAAGAAGUACAGAUUACAGAAAUAAUAAAAGAAGAUAAGAACAACCUGAGAGUAUCAGCGCCAGAUGAUCGAGAAAGCUCUGUCCAGUAUGAAUUUGAACCUGAGAUAGAAGACAGCAAUCUAACUGAACCAGAACCUCAAGCAACAGCUACAGAAUUUUCAUAUGAAGAGCAAUUAUCAGAAAGUAUGACUCUUGCAUCUGAAGAAUCAGAUGCACAUAGUCGUCUUAUCUACAAUGAGGUUCCUACUAUGAAUUCUAAAACUAAUGAUUCAGUGAAUUUUGUUCAAGAACAAGUGCAGACACUGAAAUUGAAUGAAGAACCAAAAGUUAAGAUUACCUAUUUAAAUAAUCACCCUGCAACAUCUUUCUACAAUAACAAUAAUAAUAAUAUUAUCAAUAAUAAUAAUAAGAGUAAUAAUUCAUAUGCCAACAACACGGAAGCUCCAGUGGCAUUUUCACCAACCUAUCCAACACCAGCACCUAUGAAAACUUCAUCACAAAACAUGUCCAUCUCUAGAUCUCGUCCGCUUAGACCAAUCUAUCAAAGUUCAGCUAAACUAUCAAAUCAAAAUGCCUCACCUCAAUAUAAUUCUACUUCAACAAUGCAUUAUCCUGUUCGCAGAACCUGUUCACCGAGAGAAGAGCCUACAAGUCCAACGAGAAAUAUUAUUCAUAUUGGAUCACAAGUUAUAUCUGAACAAAGUGGGCCAUCGCUGACAAUUUCAUUACGUCGGCCAAACAGUGAACGUCCUUGGGGAUUCUCAUUUUUCGGGGGUGCAGAACAUGGAUGUCCACCGUUUGUUAACAAGGUUUCUUUGAAUGGAUUAGCUUAUCGAGGUGGUGUAGAAGUUGGCGAUGUCAUUGUUAGCAUUUGCAACUCUUUAACAGUUGGUAAAACAUACGAACAAGUGAAAGCUGAAAUGUUGCGUGCUGGUAAUGAAUUAGAUCUCAUAUUGAUCAGACGUGGAGUAGAUAUAAACAAAGUGGCACAGGUAGCUCCUCAAGUAAUGGCUACUUCAUCAUUCAGUCAACAACCUUCAUUCGAUACAGACAGCAUUAAUCAAAGAAAGAUAUCCACAAGAUCUCUUACCCGUGGUCAUUCAUUUCGUCCUAUCCAAACAAAAUCAUUACGUAUUUUGGAACAACAGCUCAGCAUUAGUGAGACUACAGGUUGUCCAGUUGUUAAGGUAAGACAGGUUACAAAUGAACCACGUGUAAUAACCACGCCUGGAUACAAUGGUUCAUUUUCGAAUACUUAUGGACAGAAUUUCAACAGUCAGACGUAUCAACCAAAUCGUCAGAUAAAACCUCAACAGUUACAACAAGUAACAAUGACCGCGGUGAUACAUCCUACGCAUAAUCCACAAGUUAACCAAACACAGCACAAUUCAUAUGAGUGUAAUCGUACAAGCUAUAAUGUUUCACCGAGUAAUCAAUGGGUGACUACUCAACCAAUUCAACUGUGGAAUGCUCCUGUGAAUAGUGGCUAUAACAACACUAGCAGCACCAUCACUACGAAGUUUGCUCGUCCAUCUUAUGAAAGAAAUAGUAACAGUACUAACUGGGUUAAAGCUGUCCCUGCAAACCAAUAUGGACAAAAUGACUACUACGCUCAAAACACUUAUGUGAUGAAUAGUUAUAGUGAGCAAAGAGAUGCAUCCAGUACUCGUUCUGUCCCAAUCUAUCCUACUUCAUACUCGCCUUAUAGAAAUUAACCAUAAGACUUAGCAGCAUCAUGCCCCCAAAAGCUUUCAACCUGAUAAAAAUGAUUCUGAAAAAAAAAGAAUCCUUUCAUAGUUUUUAACCAACUUAAAAUACACAUAAAUUCAUAAUCUGUUUUUAUAAUAUGAAGUUCAGUUUAUCUUCAUAUUGAAAAGUCUCCCUAACAAACUACCCUUAAUAGUUUUGUUUGUGUGCACCUGCAUUUUGAAAAUGAUUGAUUGUUUCGACAUUUUAUGGCUCCCUGUUCAUUUCUGCUAGAUUAUUACUUUAAAGCUACAUAAUUUAUAAUUUCGAUUUCGUUUAUUUAAUAGACAUUGACAAUUAAUGGAUUACAGUAAUACAUAACAGUGCAGUAUUUUUCCGCUUGUCCUAAACAUAAUUUUAUUCAUUUAACCAGAUUUAAUAUAUAUACAUUUAUAUAUUCUUGUUUUUUUUUGUAUUUGAUACAGUUGUUAAAGAGUAGAGUAUGAAUUUCUUUUUCCCGUAUUAAAUCACCAAUUUGACAUUGAACCUUGUAUACCUAAAUUAAAACAAAUGUACUUGUCAUGUUGUUAAGUUAUUCUUGUAUUCUAUAUUUGCCGAAGUGGCAUUUUAAAUUCAUUGUCCUAAAUAAAUCCUAAUGUAGCUGAAAGAGAAUUUAAAAAGAACAGAGAAUAACUUGUCAACAUGUCUUUCAUACAUUAUUAUUGAGUUAUACCAAUUUCAUUACAUCCCUCUUCUUGCAUUACUGUAUUCUACUGUUGCAUUAUGUAAUUACCUAAUUAUACGACUGGCUUUAAACGAGGAAAUCUACUUCAGCUGUUAUAAUAAAAUUAGAUGCAGUACUUGUCUUUGCAUACAUAAUAAUAAAAGCAUUUUAAGAAAAGCACUCUUGUUGAUUAUUCAUAUGACAGUGAUGAGAAGGGAUGCAAACAGAUGUGUUUAUGACAAAUUCGUAUCUGCUGUCUUUUCUCGCUGUGAAUGUCCUUUAAGGUGUAUGUUGGUGAAUAACACGCACAGUUUUUGAAAAAUUAAUCCUC